UUAUCUAUGAUAAACAUAAGCGGUCAACUUCGCCUCUUUAUCUCAGAGUAACCUCUGUGAUCUGUGGUGAACUUAACCUUUUUAUUUUCAUAAGCAUAAAUAAAGUUAACAAUGAAUUUGUUGGUAUAGUUUAGUAUAGUAAAGGCAUCAGUUUGAAUUUAAUAUUCAGCCAGAUAGUGUUUUAUUUAAUGACCUCAAGAAAUGCUAGACGGAUGGUAUUGUAGAUCUAUAGCCAAUGAAGCCGCUCAGGCAGAAGAAGUAGAACACGCAAUGGAAGAGUCAAAAUUCAAGAAAGAAUACAAAGCGUUAAAAAACAGAUUUCAACAUCUUGUUUACGAAAACGAAAGUUUUCAGGUGGCCCUAAGGAAAUCCCAAAAGAGGUUGUUGCAAGUAACAAGGGACAGGUCCUUCUUGUUGGAUCGGUUAUUAAUUCACGAAAAACUAGAUCAUUCUACCUCAGAAUCAGAAGAAACGGAAUCAUCUGAUGAGGAACCCUCCACUGUUAAAAUUGAACCUUCAAAGAAGAGAAAACCAGAUCUACCUCACAACAGUGGAAUUACUCAACAUAUAAAUUCCGGCAAAUCAAUACCUGCAGCGAAGAAGAAAAGACCUGCAUCUUCUCGACUAUCAAUUAAGCAAGUGCAUCACGCAGUGCAACUUCAAGUGCCAACUACAACUGUUCUAUCGGAUGGUCACAUGACUCCUGAGGAAGUAGAACGGCAUUUGCAAUCUCAGAGUUUUCUAGAUUUAGUACCUGAAAGGGCCCCUCCAACUGUACCUACUGAAAUGUUUAGCAACGAACCUUCUUUGGACAGCGAAUCAAAUGAUAUGAUUGGGGACUUAGAAAUGUCUCCUACUAACAUAGAGGAAGAAAUUAGUAUUGACUACCUGCCAGAGUAACAAGAAAUCAUCACUGUGGAAUAGGUGUGACUUUGCGUAGUGUAAGAUUUUGGCUAUGUUAAUUAUCAAAUUGUGUGUUACAGGCUUAGAUUAUUAUUUGAAUAAAUAAUGUAAAUUCUGAUGGAAAA